GGAUGCUGCUGUCCUGGCGGGUGUGCACGCCCCCGGUCGGAGAGGUCCGUCCCUUUCUGGCUGCUGCGAACGCUCCUCCUCUGAGCUGCUAUCGUAUGGAAAAUGAGACUGAAAAAUAAUAGCUCAGAAUGUUUCUGAAGAAGAAGAAGAAGAAGUUUCCUUUGAGGUAGAAAUGGAAGGAUUUAAAAGAGAGGGACUCUGCUUCCCCAUUUUAGGUGACAAUUGGGACUGUGAGAACCAGGAAAGAAAUAUGAAGCAGUCUCCUUUAACUGAUGAGAAAACAGGGGUUCAGGAAACAAAUUGUGAGGAUCUUGGUGUGGGGGAGCAUUUGAGUACAAAUCCAGCCCUUCUAGAAUCUCAGAGAGUUCCUACAACAAAUGGCUUUCAUGUUCAUAACUCAGAUAUUAAAACUUUUGAUUGUGAUCAAACCUUACAUAGUUGUCCCCAGAGUUAUGCAGCUAAGGAAACUGGUGAUGGUGAUGCUUGUGAAAAAGCCAUUCAUCCUUCCAUGGAAGUCACUCAACUUGCAAGAAAUCAAAUGAAAGACAAACCCUAUAAAUACACAGAAAGUAUUAAAUCUCUCAACCACUUUACUACUCCCCUUUGUGACAAAAAAAUUAAGAAAAGAAGCAAAAAAUUUUACAAAGGUAAGGACUUUGGGGACAUUCUGGCCCUGAACUCAUCUCUUAAUGAAAAAAGAAGUCAUUCCAUUGAGAAGCCCUUUAAAUGCACUGAAUGUGGCAAAUGCUUCAAACGGAACUCUUCUCUUGUUUUACACCAUCGAACUCACACUGGUGAGAAACCUUACACCUGUGAUGAUUGUGGAAAAUCAUUCUCCAAGAACUACAACUUGAUUGUACAUAGAAGGAUUCAUACAGGAGAGAAACCCUAUAAAUGCAAUAAAUGUGGGAAAGCUUUUAGUGACGGAUCAGCUCUGACACAACACCAGAGGAUUCACACAGGUGAGAAGCCUUAUGCCUGUCUAGAAUGUGGAAAAACUUUCAACAGAAAUUCAUCCCUGAUUUUGCAUCAAAGAACUCAUACAGGGGAAAAGCCGUAUAGGUGUAAUGAAUGUGGGAAACCCUUCACUGACAUCUCUCACCUCACUGUACAUCUGCGAAUCCACACCGGCGAGAAGCCUUAUGAGUGUAGCAGAUGUGGAAAGGCUUUCCGAGAUGGCUCAUACCUCACUCAGCACGAGAGGACACACACUGGAGAGAAGCCUUUUGAAUGUGUAGAGUGUGGGAAAUCCUUCAAUCGCAAUUCUCACCUCAUUGUGCAUCAGAAAAUUCAUUCUGGGGAGAAACCCUAUGAAUGUAAAGAGUGUGGGAAGACGUUCAUUGAGAGUGCGUACCUCAUCAGGCAUCAGAGAAUUCACACUGGUGAGAAGCCCUACGGUUGUAACCAGUGUCGUAAACUCUUCAGGAAUAUUGCUGGACUUAUCCGGCACCAGAGGAUUCAUACUGGUGAAAGGCCUUAUGAGUGUAAUCAGUGUGGUAAAGCUUUUAGGGAUAGUUCUUGUCUGACCAAGCACCAGAGGAUUCACACUAAGGAGACUCCAUACCAGUGUCUGAAGUGCGGAAAGUCCUUCAGGCAGAACACUCACUUGGUAGUACACCAGCGACUCCAUAACAGGGAGGGUCCCAGCCAGUGUCCUCAAUGUGGGAAAAUAUUUAGAAGGAGCUGGUGUCUUGUCCGACAUCAGAGAACACACCUUGAAGAGCAGCCCGUGGAAGCAUAAUUAAUGUUGGCCAAACUUUUCUUGAAUGAACAGAGGAGAGGUGUCUUCAGAUAUGACUUCCCUUGUUAACAGAAAAGAAUUUGAGUAUGAAAUAUCCUAUAAUCCCAUUAAUUCUAUUAUUAGGGAAACUCCUGAAGAGAGGGUUGAUUGGUAAUCAGUGUAGAAAGGCUUCAGGGGUGAUUCAGCCUUACCAGACAUGUAGUGCAGACACUGAAAUAGAGCACCUGGAAGUGAGGAUGGUAUUUCCCUAAGAACCUGUGAAUGCAUUCAGUACAUAAUCAAUAGGAGGCAUUCUUAAUAGUGAGUAUCAUCUUACUGUAUAUAGGCUAGUGCUUAGUAGACUCCAAGCUUGUAAGUGUAAUUAGGAAGAACGCUUUCGUCAGGAGUUUUUACUGUCUUUCCUGUUCAGCAAAGGCAUAGUGGUGAGAGAUCUCACACACGCCCCAUGACAGCCACAGUUAUAGUUGAAUUUGCUGUUCGAAUGCACUUGUGUUUCAUAGUGCUGCCAGAACACUGAGGACUCAUUUAGUGAGCUGAAACUGGAUGUAGGAGUUGUUUGUGAUUGAAAUGAAGUUUUCCCUUUUAAGACUAAAGUACUCUCCAUGAUGGAAAGGGCUGCUUCUAAGAAAUAGUAUCCAUUGCUUUAGUUGUUGAACAAGCAAACAUUGAGUUGUUGUAUUUCAGUUAUCUCUUGCCUUCACCAUUGAUGAUCAUUUAGGACACUAAUUUGUUUAGAGUUAAGGUCAUUUGAAGUGAAAUCUAAAGGUUUUCUUGCAAUACUAAAAAUGCUUAGAUCAUUACAAAAGAAGGCAUAAAAUAGAUUUAUUAUUAUUACAGUCAUGUUAAGAGUAUUCAUAUUAGGUUAGCAGUGGGUGAUGGAAAAAAUUCAAUGGCUUUCUUAGGAGACUACAUUUGUAUAAUUUUUCCUUGUUAUACGUUUUUAUAUAACUGAUAGUGUAUAUAAAAGUGAAGCUAAAAGGAAAGAUAUUUGGUAUUUUUCAUGGACCUUUGCCAGUGAAUAGAGGCCAAAGAUAUUGUUAGACAUUAUAAAGGCUAGAUCAUGGUUACAGGAAGCUGUAAGCAUCUACAGGUGUAUAUAGACAGAACUUUCUCUGAAAUCAGCGCAUCCUGAGCCUAGAAUCAUUUCUUCUGGACCUUGUAUUAUGAAGAUUAUGGCAUUGUGGAGGAAGAGGCUUAUCAGUCUGAGGAUAGGGAGGAGAAAGUUAAAGAAAAAUCUGGAAUAAUCCUAGCAUGUCCUUUCUCAGUUCACUGCUGGUUAAAUGAAAGCUAGACAAUUUGUUUGACGGCUUCAAAGUCCUGUGAGCUGAUCUGGUAAUAUUGACUUGAUCCUGUAUUUUCUGGUUCUUAUGGAGGGAGACUCAUAAGUCUAUUUUGAGAUGAUUAAAGCUGUUGAGUAGAUUGGUAAGGAAGUCAGACAUCUCUGUAUGGAUGCCCUUCUUUGACAGGAAGAACAAUCACGCGAUGGAGAUGGAGAGAUAGUGGUUAAGAGCACUUGUUUUGCUUGCAGAGGACCAUGGUUUGGUUUCUUGCACCCACAUGGUGGAAAAGCUAUUGGUGCCUAGUAGAUAGAGGCCAAAGAUACUGUCAGACUCUUACAAAGAUAACCCUUGGAACAGUUAAUUCAUCUCAGAAUAUUAAGAGUGCUGAGAUGGAGUUAUAGCUCAUGAGAGAUACAGUCAUGUAUAACUUACAGAUUGUCUCUAUAUAGCAGUGGUUCUCAUCCUUCCUACUGCUGAGACUCUUUAAUGCAGUUCCUCAUGUUGUGGUGAUUCCCAACCAUAAAAUUAUUUUCAUUACUACUUCAUAGUUACUUCAUAACUAUAAUUUUGUUACUGUUAUGAAUUGUAAUGUAAACAUCUGUUUUCCAGUAGUCUUAGGUAACCCCUUGGCUGUUUAACCCCCAGGGGUCAUGACAUACAGGUUUGAGAACUGCUGCCGUAUAGGGUGAGAUGUCUCAGUAAGACAUGAAAACUCCUACUGGACUCACUCAAGGCCUGGACACUUGGUGUCUGUUACUCUCAAGUAAAACAUGAAUGUACCACAGUGUUAAUGUUAGCAGUGUCCUUGCUUUUUGAGUCUGCAUUCUAGAUUCUGGAAUAGGAAAUUAGCACCAGACAAGCAUAUGGUCUGAGGGCAUGCACCCCAAGGAGGAGGUGUCAGCUAUGAAAUUGGAGUGAGUCCACAUGGGGUUUGUGUGAUGUGUGAAUUGUUUCCCCUUGCUCUUUUCUAAAAUAACUGACCAGAAUAAUUAUUGUAAUGAAAAUAACUACUCCAUAGAAGAUGGAUACUUCUGACUAAAGACGGAAAGGUGAGAUUUGAAUUGGGAGAGUUCCAGAUGACUUCUAGUGCAGCCUGGGUGAUUGUUGAUGUUAGGCCUGAGUGCCUGGGGAGCA